UUGUCUCUUUAAAGUACUCACCCCCAUAACUUGACCAUCGAAGAAUCAACGAUGGCUAAGCAUGUAGCUCUUCUUUUUUUCUUGUGCUUUCCUCAUUCUAAUACUCACUGUGAGCUCAGUCUGUAAAGCCUUUUAUGAAGACGGAAAGGUCCAUAUUGUGUACAUGGGGUCACUUUCAUAUAAGGAGUACUCUCCAUUUUCUCAUCACCAUGGUAUGCUACAGACUGUUGUCCAUAGCAGAUAUGAAGGAAGUAGUAUCUGUCUUCCCGAGCACAGCAUUACAACUUCAAACAAGAAAAUCUUGGGACUUCAUGGUUUUCACUGAGAAAAUUGAUAGACGAGGCAAUGUUGAGAGUGAUAUUAUUGUGGAUGUGAUUGACUCUGGAAUUUGGCCUGAAUCAGAAAGCUUCAAUGAGGAAGUUUUUGGUCCUCCUCCUAAGAAGUGGAAAGGUGCUUGUAUGGGCGGCUUCAAUUUCACUUGCAACAAUUUGAGCUUAUUGUGCAAAGCCAAUGAUGAAGAUAGGAAGGUUCACAUUGUAUACUUAGGGUCACUUCCUAAUACGGUGUACUCACCAUCGUCUCACCACCUUGGUAUAUUACAGAAAGUUGUCCAGGGAAGAGGUUCUCUCAAAAAUUACCUGAUCAGAAGCUACAAAAGGAGUUUCAAUGGAUUUGCUGCCAAUCUGACUGACCAGGAAAGAGAAAAACUUGCUAACAUGAAGGAAGUAGUCUCCAUCUUCCAGAGCACAAAAUUCAAACUCCAAACAACAAGAUCUUGGGAUUUUAUGGGAUUCCAUGAGUGUAUCAACCGAAAUGCUACUAUCGAAAGUGAUGUAAUUAUUGGUGUUAUUGAUAGUGGAAUUUGGCCUGAAUCAGAGAGCUUUCAAGACAAAGGCUUUGGUCUGGCUCCUAAAAAGUGGAAAGGUGCUUGCAAUGGAGGCAAGAAUUUCACUUGCAACAACAAACUCAUUGGAGCUCGGUAUUACUCAUCACUGCAGUCUGCAAGAGAUGAAGUUGGUCAUGGAAGCCACACUGCUUCAACAGCAGCAGGGAAUGUUGUGCAGGGUGUUAGCUUUUACGGACUAGCACAAGGUACUGCAAGAGGAGGAGUUCCCUCUGCAAGAAUUGCAACAUAUCAAGUAUGUGAUUUGGAUUCGUUCUGUAGCGGACACGAUGUGUUGGCUGCUUUCGAUGAUGCCAUUGCUGAUGGAGUUGACAUCAUUACACUUUCCAUCGGAACAGAUCUUCGAUCUGAAUUUUACAAGGAUCCUAUUGCAAUUGGUUCUUUUCAUGCCAUGGCAAAAGGGAUACUAACCUCCAACUCUGCUGGCAAUGAAGGUCCUGCCGGCGAUACUGUGUCAAGUGCAGCACCUUGGACACUUACAGUUGCAGCAAGUAGCAUUGAUCGUCGGAUCAUUGACAAGGUUGUUCUUGGAAAUGGAAGCAUACUAGUCGGGACUUCAGUGAACACUUUCACAUUAAAUGGAUCAAGUUUUCCUCUGAUAUAUGGAAAAGAUGCUUCACGUCAUGAAUGCUCGGACUCCCAAGCUGGGUUAUGUGAUGAAGAUUGCCUUGACAGUGAUGCAGUUAAGGGAAAGAUUGUGCUGUGUGAUGCAUUCGCUGAAGCAGAUUUUGUGGCUCAUAAAGCUGGUGCACUAGGUUCUAUUUUAAAUAAUGACGGAACUGGUGAUUUUUCUAAUGUUGUCUCAUUACCUGCAAUAGCUUUAAGCUAUGAAAACUAUAAUGCAGUCAAGUUUUACAUGAACUCCACUAGAGAUCCUCGAGCAAACAUAUUAAGAAGUGAAGUCAUAAAUGACCCGGCUGCACCAAUUGUCGCUUCCUUCUCUUCACGUGGACCGAAUCCAAUUACACCUGACAUUAUAAAGCCAGAUAUAACUGCGCCUGGUGUAGACAUUUUGGCUGCAUAUUCGACUGUUGCCUCAAUUUCAGAGAGCCCCAAAGACAAGAGGCAUGUAAAGUACCAUAUAUUAUCUGGAACCUCCAUGUCUUGCCCUCAUGCUGCUGCUGUUGCUGCGUAUGUUAAAUCAUUCCAUCCCAAUUGGUCUCCAUCAGCUAUAAAAUCAUCUCUUAUGACUACUGCUUGGCCAAUGAAUAAUACCAACAAUGCACCUGCUGAGUUUGCUUAUGGAUCUGGACAUGUCAAUCCUGUAAAAGCUAUAGAUCCGGGGCUUGUUUAUGAAACUUCUAAAGAAGAUUUCAUAAACCUACUUUGCAUGGUCUAUGAUGAAGCCAAAGUGAGACUGAUAUCAGGAGAUAACAGCACUUGCCCUACAGGCUCUGACAAAGGAUCACCAAAGGAUCUUAACUACCCUUCAAUGGCUGCAGCAAACAUUACACCGAAGAAACCUUUUACGAUUAACUUUCAUAGAACAGUUAAAAAUGUUGGCCUUGCAAACUCUACUUACAAUGCCACCAUCUUCCAAAGUUCCAAAGACGUGGAUAUCAAAGUUGUGCCUGAAUUUCUAUCCUUCAAGUCCUUGAAUGAGGAGAAGAGCUUUGAUGUGGCUGUUGUUGGAAAAGGUUUGAUAGGUGGAUCACUAAUUUCUUCGUCACUGGUUUGGUCUGAUGGUAUUCAUAACGUUAGGAGUCCAGUUGUGGUGCGUACUGAAAUAGCCUAACCAUAACUUCAUUUCUGCAGUACUGAGAGUACUGUUGUAUCUCAACAUAUACUUCUUUUUUUUAUCAGAAUGAUAAACUUUCAUUAAUAGCUAUGGUUAGUUACAAUCAUUGGGGUUAAGGUGGCCUCUCGUCAACUUAUACUGUUU